GCCUAAAGGUAAGGUAUUAUUAAAGAAGCUUGAUUAAAUUCUCAUUUCAAGAAAUUGAGUGUAUACUCAGCAUAUAAAGAAAUUACAUCCAUUGCAUGGAUUUUUUUUUUUUUUUGAGUGAAUUCUGAUGACCCAAGAGAUGUCAUUUUCAUCAAUCUAGCUUCACCUUCUCAUUUCUCUCCUCAGGUUCAGUUCAUUCACCCUUUCCCUCUGUCAUCAUUCUUCCCUCCCCAGCUAACAUUGUAAAAGUAUUCAUAAUUUUAAAAGAGAAGCCAAGCACAUUUAAAUUAUCUUCUUUUUCAGUGACAGCAAUUUUGAAAUAUGAGGAGAGACCCUGGAAGUUUGGCAGUUGGCCACAUGAGACUUGAUUUAUUUAAAUAAAAUUUGUUUCUUCAAAUAUUCAAUACUGCAGUUUUCCAAAAUAAUUUUUUUUUCUCCUUAGAAACUGACUUUUUGAAAUUUUUACUUUUGGUCCAAUGGGGAAUCCUUAAAUUUUGUGAUCAAUGUCAUCAAUAAGAUGGUAGAGGGAAGUCACAAAUUUUCAUUUCUUUUACACAUUCUUUUCUUGCCUAUUGGAUGGACAAUUUCCAGAAGUUACUGGCCUAACUCACGUGCACUAAAAUUCUGUUACUAUUUAAAAAACACUGUUUAAAAAAAUAGUUUUUUUAAAAAGCAUGUUUGUAAACUCUAAACUAUUUUGGUGAUUCUUUUAUGAAACUAAAAUUUAGCAUGAAUGAGAGAUAAAAUAAUGACUUUUUAAAGGCAUGGUUUUUACCACCUUGUACAAAUAUAAUAUUGGCAGCAGUCAUUGUGUAGCACUGGUCAGGAAAUCAGGAGAACUGGUUUCUAAUCCCUGCUCUGUCACUAACAAGCUGUAUGAUCUUCGAAGCUUAAGUGAAAAUGGUACAUGUUAGAAGACACGAAACAAGGAAAAAUUCUAAAACUCAAGAGCAUGAGCAGAAAUCUCGAGUUGAUUGGAGGCGGACUAAAAGAAGUAGUAUUUCACAGUUAUUUGAUAGUGAUGAAGACCUUAAUAGUGAUGAAGACCUUGACAGUGAUGAAGAGCUUGACAGCGAUGAAGAACUUGAUAGUAACAAGGGGUUCGAUAGUAAUAAAAACCCCGAAAAUGAAAGAAAACUUAGAUUAAUUGAAGUUGAAAGUGAAGGUAGUAGUAACUGUGAGCGUCUCAUGAACACUGGCAACCGUUCAACAUAUGAAGAAGAAAAUAACAAAAACAAACCUAGAAGUUCUGACUCACCAGAUCAUGAAAAGCAUUCCAGUCAAGAGGAUGACGAUCUCAACAAACACACUGGACAGAUAAUAGAGGAGGAUUUAGAAGAAGAACACAUCAAGCGAGGGAAGAGAAAAAGGAUCUCCUCUGUUAUGUACGACAGUGAUGAGAGUGACAGCAGUGAUAUCCUAGUUCGAAAAGUAGGUGUUAAACGUCCACGUAGAGUGGUUGAAGAUGAAUGUUCUUCAGUAGAGAUGGAACCAAAAACACCUGAAAAAACUUUAGCUGCAAGAAAGCGAGAACAAUUCCAGAAACUCAAAGAACUCUCAAAACAAAGAUCUCGUCAGAGACGCAAUAGUAGUAGAGAUUUUGAGGACUCUGAAAAGGAAUCCUGCCCAAGCAGUGAUGAAAGUGAUGAGGAGGAGGAAGAAGAUGAUUAUGAAUAUGAUGAAGAUGGAGAUGAUUAUAUUAUUGAUGACUUUGUAGUUCAAGAUGAGGAGGGUGAUGAAGAGAAUAAAAGCCAGCAAGGAGAAAAAUUGACUACAUCACAACUGAAAUUAGUAAAACAGAAUUCUCUUUAUUCUUUUAGUGACCACUAUACUCACUUUGAAAGAGUUGUGAAGGCUCUUCUGAUCAAUGCUUUAGAUGAAUCUUUUCUGGGAACAUUGUAUGAUGGCACCAGACAAAAAUCAUAUGCACAAGAUAUGUUGACAUCUCUUCAUUAUUUGGAUAACCGCUUUGUUCAGCCUCGUCUAGAGAGUUUAGCUUCUAGAAGUCGUUGGAAAGAGCUAUAUAAGGAGCGGGUAGAAAAUUAUUCUAAUGUAAGUAUCCAUUUGAAGAAUCCUGAAAAUUGUUGCUGUCAAGCUUGUGGAUUACAUCGCCACUGCAGAUACUCGGUGCAUUUAUCAGGAAAGUUGUAUAACACCAGGACUAUGGAAACAGACGAUUUCAUGUCACAUGAUAAACAGGUGUUUACUGUUGGCAGAAUUUGUGCUGAUCGUACCAGAAUUUAUCACAAACUGAAACAUUUUAAGUUCAAGCUGUACCAGGAAUGCUGCUCCAUUGCAAAGACAGAAGAAGUUGAGGAUGAACAGGUUAAAGAAACAGUGGAAAGAAUUUUCAAUCAGUCAAAAGAAAGUGGCUGGAUUAAGGAGUUUCCUACCACCACAAAAGUCAGGUCAUCGGGAUCCUCUCUCUCUUCAUUGGGAAUGGAACCAGAGUUCAUAAGAAACCAUUAGAAAUAUGGUCAACUUCAAGAAUAUCUAAAUUUGGCGGAUUACUUUCAAGAUGAGAAGUUUGACUGAAUUGUAACACAUUUCCUUCAGAGAAGAUUUUAUAAAUUCCUGUAAAUGUGAAGAUCAUGAGUCUUGUUUCUCUGUAUCAUGUGACAUUUUUAUAAAUUUUAUGUGUAUUUUCAUGGCAAAUAUCUUGUUUAAAACAUAUGUUCAUCUUAAUUUCCAUGAAAUGGCACUCACAGUCGAAUAAAAGUUUUAUCUGCUGUACAUAGAAAACAUAAGCCUAAUAAUUUUUAAGUAAGUGUAUUUUAAAGUUACAAAACAAUGCCUUUAUAACAGAUGAUCAUCAAGUGAAUGAGCUGUUCAUGUUCUGUCACCUUAGUAGACAAAUACUGUAUUUUAAAAAUGAAUUUAGAUCAACACCUACGUGUAUUUAUUAUUGAAUCCCUGCCCAGAUCUGUUGAUUAUCCUUUCCAGUAUUAAAUGAUCUGCACUGAUAUAUUGUUCACUGCUAUCAUUAUCUACACCAGAGGGCCAUGGAAGAAACCCAAUGUUUCAUUCAGUUCAAUCCCCUCACCUCAGAAGCAGACUAUAGUUUACCCAUUCCAAGUAAAGGAACGCUUUUCUCCUUUUCUAAAGUCUCCUUUGGAAAUAGAUCUCAGGCCGCCAGAGUCUUUCAACCCUCACAUUCAGGAAUAAUUUCAUGGUGUGUUUUUUCAUGCUUCAUAAUGUUCUGUAUAUUUUUUAUUCGAUUUUGUCUACAUGCUGAUGAUUAAGAUGUAUUUUAUUUAUUUUUAUCCAUAACUUUUCCCAUAUAUGUAUUUAUGUUAGGAUCUGAAGAUCUCAGAGAGACAAAUUCAGCCAAAAAUAGUUUAAAAGCAUAUUUUGGCAUCUGCAUUGCUUUGCACAUUUAAAUUUUCUCAUCAUAUAAUAAAGUAAAAUGGUUUCAUAGUGAUCAAACGGAA